AUGGCUUCCAUCUCCUCUGAGUUCCAGGCCCUCGGCCAGUCCUUCCAGAACCUCCGCACAAUCAAGGGCCACUGGGACGGUGGCGACUCCAACCCCAGCGUCGACAACUUUAACGGCGAAAAGCACCAGACCCUCCAGAAACUCGGCGAGUACUUUGGCACACCCGGAACACCCGCAGUCAACAUCCUCCAAACCAUGGGCCAACCCGACGAUAUCAAGGAGACCAUGGACGAGGCCUUCCACGCCUCCUACAUGCCCGGCCACUUGGUCGGCGGUGGUCCCGGUGGACAGUACAACGCCAAUGCCCUUGCUACCGGUGCUGGAUUGGGCGAUGUCAGCACUACCAUGAUGCCCACUGGAGCCACCGACACCGCACCUCAGGUCUUGUACUUUAUUUACAAGUGGCGCAACAACCACGACUACCUCUGGUUCAAGAUCGAUGCCCUCAAGGAGGAAGUCAUCGAGAGUUCUUGGUACCAUGCCUACGAGUAG